GCUUUCUUAGUCAUCACUAAAUCAACAAGGAUAUUUGAUCAUAAACAUUGAGGGUCCUUCUACUCAUGACCGCCGGUAGCUGUGACCCUAGAAAGGGUCUUCUUAGGCCACAAAUGGCCAUCGCAUUGGCCAUUGUCUUGGUUUCCUUGAAUGUAGCAGCUGUGGCAGGUGAUGCUUACACUUACUCUUCACCACCUCCUCCUUCUCCUUCACCACCACCACCAUAUGAGCACAAGGAUCCUUAUUAUCAAUACAAGUCUCCACCUCCACCCUCUCCAUCCCCUCCACCACCUUAUGAGUACAAGUCUCCACCACCACCCUCUCCUUCACCUCCACCACCAUACUACUACAAAUCUCCACCACCACCCUCUCCCUCACCCCCACCACCAUACUACUACAAAUCCCCACCACCACCCUCUCCCUCACCUCCUCCACCAUAUUACUACAAAUCUCCUCCACCACCUUCUCCCUCACCUCCACCUCCAUACUACUACAAGUCUCCCCCCCCACCUGAUCCCUCACCGCCACCACCAUACUAUUACAAGUCCCCACCACCACCUUCACCCUCGCCGCCGCCACCAUACUACUAUAAAUCUCCACCACCACCCUCUCCCUCACCCCCACCACCAUACUACUACAAAUCUCCACCAGGACCCUCUCCUUCACCCCCACCACCCUACUACUACAAAUCUCCACCACCACCCUCUCCUUCACCUCCACCUCCUUACUACUACAAGUCUCCCCCACCACCCUCUCCCUCACCUCCACCUCCAUACUACUACAAAUCUCCCCCACCACCUGAUCCCUCACCACCACCUCCUUACUACUACAAGUCCCCACCACCACCUUCACCCUCACCACCUCCACCAUAUUACUACAAGUCUCCACCACCACCUUCACCAUCACCACCACCACCAUACUAUUACAAGUCUCCUCCCCCACCUGAAAAGUCUCCAGCUCCAAAGCCCUACUACUACAAAUCUCCUCCUCCUCCAUCUCCCUCACCCCUUCCUCCUUAUUACUACAAGUCCCCACCACCUCCUUCACCAUCUCCAUCUCCAAAGCCUUACUACUACAAAUCUCCACCACCUCCUUCACCAUCUCCUCCCCAUGUACCUUACUACUAUAAAUCUCCACCUCCACCGUCUCCUAAGCCUCAACCACCCUAUUAUUAUACCUCUCCUCCUCCACCGGUAGUGUAUACUCCAUACCCACACCCUCACCCUCACCCAUAUCACCACCCAUUGAUCGUUAAGGUUGUGGGCAAAGUGUAUUGCUACAGAUGCUAUGACUGGAAAUACCCCGAAAAAUCACACAACAAGAAACACCUCAAAGGUGCCACGGUCGAAGUGACAUGUGAUGUUGGGAGCAAGACCAUAAAGGCUUAUGGUAAAACUAAGAGCAAUGGAAAGUACAGCAUCAGUGUUGAAGGCUUUGACUAUGUCAAAUAUGGAGCCACAGUCUGCAAGGCCAAACUCCAUGCUCCUCCCAAGGACUCACCAUGCAACAUACCCACCAAGUUGAAUGAGGGAACCGAGUUGAAGGUUAAGUCCAAGGAUAAGUAUGAAGUUGUAUUGAAGGCUAAGCCAUUUGCUUAUGCUCCCGAAAAGCCUUACGAUUGUAAAAAGCCGAAGCCUUCACCUACUCCUUAUCACAAACCAUACUAUUACAACUCUCCCCCACCACCUUCACCCGCACCAUACUACCCACCUUAUUACUACAAAAGUCCUCCUCCACCAUCACCCUCUCCUCCUCCUCCCUAUUACUACAAGAGCCCACCACCACCAUCACCAUCCCCACCUCCACCCUACUAUUACAAAUCCCCUCCCCCUCCUCCCAAAGAACCAUAUCAUCCUCCUUACUACUACAAGAGUCCCCCUCCACCUUCACCUUCCCCUCCUCCUCCAUAUUACUACAAAUCUCCUCCACCACCUAAAGAAAUAUCACACCCUCCAUACUACUACAAAUCACCACCCCCACCAUCACCUUCUCCUCCUCCUCCAUACUAUUACAAAUCACCACCACCACCAUCACCAUCUCCACCUCCACCUUACUAUUAUCAAUCUCCCCCUCCACCUAAGAAAUUGCCAGAACCACACCAUCCUUAUUACUAUAAGUCUCCACCUCCACCAUCCCCAUCACCACCACCUCCCUACUACUACAAAUCACCUCCCCCACCAUCUCCCUCACCACCACCACCCUACUACUACAAGUCACCUCCACCACCAUCCCCAUCACCACCACCUCCCUACUACUACAAGUCACCUCCUCCACCAUCCCCAUCACCACCACUUCCCUACUACUACAAGUCACCUCCUCCACCAUCUCCAUCACCACCACCUCCCUACUACUACAAGUCUCCUCCACCACCAGAUCCAUCACCACCACCUCCCUACUACUACAAGUCUCCUCCACCACCAUCCCCAUCACCGCCACCUCCUUACUACUACAAGUCUCCACCACCACCAUCCCCAUCACCUCCACCUCCCUACUAUUACAAGUCACCUCCUCCGCCAUCCCCAUCACCACCACCUCCCUACUACUACAAGUCUCCUCCUCCACCAUCUCCAUCACCACCUCCUCCAUACUAUUACAAGUCUCCCCCACCACCAGAUCCAUCACCACCACCUCCAUACUACUACAAGUCACCACCACCACCAUCUCCAUCACCGCCACCUCCAUAUUACUACAAGUCACCCCCACCACCAUCUCCAUCACCGCCACCUCCUUACUAUUACAAGUCACCCCCACCACCAUCUCCAUCACCGCCACCACCCUACUACUACAAGUCACCUCCACCUCCAUCACCUUCUCCACCACCUCCUUAUUAUUACAAGAGUCCUCCUCCACCAUCUCCCACUCCUCAUCCUCCCUAUUACUACAAAUCUCCUCCACCACCAACCAAGUCUCCUCCACCACCGGUUUACAUCUAUGCUUCCCCUCCACCUCCCAUCUACAAGUAAGCUUUGAAUUAUGCAGAAGCACCAACCACGACAAGUCAUGUUUUAGUAUUCGUUGUGGAAUAAAGUCAAGUUCCAGUUGGAGCAGAGUUAAGCAUCUAAUUUGUUAUACAAGUUCUUUGAAUAAGAGUCUGAAUGUAUCGUCUCUAAGUUACAAUCUGCAUGACUCGAAUGAGGUUUCUUCUAUUUAUUUGGUGGCCAUCUUCCACAUCCUAUGCUUACUAAGUUCAAGUGAGCGACAAAUGAAAACAAGGGAGCAAGAUUUGAAAUGUUGAUGCCAAUGCAGGAUGCUUUUAGAGAUCUCUUCUAUUUGUUUCUUUGUAGAUUAAUAUAUUCGAUCAUGUAUGAUUGCAUUCAAAUUAUUGUGAAAUUCUUUUAAUUAUAUCUUCUUGUAUUGUUUGCCAUGAAAUUGUCAAUAUUUUGACGUAAAAACAAUGCACAAUAAUUUGCAUAUCCCCUAAA